AUGACAUCGGCAGCAAAUAAAACACAAACAGUAGAACAAAUGGAAACAGUUAUUGAAGAAGAAAAUAAUAGUUUACCUAUUGCUCGUCCAUCACCCAUAGGUUUAACAGGUCCACCGGCUCCAUUAGAUUUUACUGAAUUUGAAGAAGAAUUUUUCGAAGAAUGGUUGCCUGAACCAACACCAGGGCAAAAACGAAAAUUAGGACACAGACGAGAUGAUCCACCCACGCCACCAUCACCACGACAACCCCCACCAGUUAUUCCAAGAAAGACAUUACCACCAAGAAAUAAUAACGUGCCACUAACUGGAGGAUCCCUGCAAUCAUCACCAGUUUUCAAAGAUAAAAAAACAAAUAGCAAAGAACAACAACAACACUCUUUCAAUGCACUCAUACCAUUAGAGAAACAAAAGAAAAAUGAAAACGAACACCAAGAAAUCCAAGCACAUAUUGCUCAUGUAGCUAGAGACUCUUCAAUGAUAAUAUCCCCUUUACAAAAUUCUACACCAGAAGUCAUAAUAAGAUCACCAUCGGUAAUACCAAAAAAUGCUAUAACAACGGCACAUAUUGCAUUUGAUUUUGCAAUUAUUCCCAUCGAAUGUAGAUAUCAUUUCAAACGAAUGAGACAAAAAUGUACAUUCGAAACAAUAAAAUAUCAUCAAGAAUUUCUUGAAAAUAAAUAUAAGGCAUUAGAUAAUGAGAGAGAAGAAAAACUACAUUCAUCAUUUUCUCGACAAUUAUGGACAAAAAUAGUUUCAUUAGUAAAAAAUAUUAUUGAAAAAGCACUUGAAAAUAAAAAGAAUAGUGAUCAACGAAGAUUAGACAAUCUUUUACUAGAUCAAAUGAGAGAAAAAGCUACACAACAAAUUAAACAUAGAGCAACGUUAACAGAACAACAAUAUAUGCAGACUUUACAUGAAAAGUUUAUGAGAACACUAGAUCUUAAAUUACAAUUAGAUAAAUUAGAGAGAAGAUUUGUAGAAAAUAUGCCACCACCAUCCCUCAAUAUUUUCGAUAAAAUAGAAUUACAUGCAAAAGGACUUAAAUCAGACAACCCUUGUUUGAAUUCACUUCGAGAACAAUGGAAAAAUGUAUUAAGGAAAACGAAAUUAGACCUAACAACUUUAAUGAGACGAGCAAAAGUAGAAGAAUUAGAGCAAGCUAGAAAGGAAUAUGAAGAAAUGAUAAAGAAUCUACCAACCUGCUUACAAAAAUCAUAUGAAACUUUAACUCACGUAGCACAAAUAAGACAUAACCAAUUUGCCAAAAAGAAACUGAAUUUUUUAGCAAAAAGGGCGUGCGCAACCAAUGCCAACUAG